GUAAAAAAUAUAUAUAUUUUCAAUGCAUUUAAUAAUAAAAAUCUAUAUUUAUGGCAGUGUGCCUAUGGGUGGUGUUUAUGGCUGGAACUGGAGCAAGAGCAGAAUCUACUGCAGAUACUCCAACUCCCAUAAGUACGACUCAAGAACAAACAAUUACUGAGAAAAUACCCAUAGAUACAACUCUAGCAACAACAGAAGUGAUCACUACAACUAUAUCGACAACAGAGUCUACAACUGUGGAUUUUACAAAUACUGAAGAAAGAGCCACAGCUACAAUUAUACCAUUAACUAUAACAGAAAAAGCAAAACUACCCACAAGCACAGAAUACUCAACAGAGGAUACAACAACCACAGAAUCAGCAGCAUCAACUGUAGAUCAAACUACUGAAACUGUAGAAUCAUUGAUGGCUAAGGAAACAACCACAGCUUCAACUGAACUAAUAACUACAACACAAAAACUGACCACUAACACAGUGUACUCAACACAGGACACAACCACAACACCAACAACAGCAGAAUCAACCGAAUACACUUCAACUGUAAAUCCAACUACAACAACCCUGGAAUCAGUGACUAUUGAGAAAACAACCACAGCUACAACUGAACCAUUAACCACAACCCAGACAACAGAACUGACCAGUAGCACAGUGUACUCAACACAGGACACAACCACAACACCAACUACAGCAGAAUCAACCGAAUACACUUCAACUGUAAAUGCAACUACAACAACUCUGGCAUUAGUGACUACUGAGGAAACAACCACAGCUACAACUGAACCAUUAUUCACAACCCAGACAACAGAACUGACCAGUAGCACAGUGUACUUAACACAGGACACAACCACAACACCAACAACAGCAGAAUCAACCGAAUUUACUUCAACUGUAAAUCCAACUACAACAACUCUGGCAUCAGUGACUACUAAGGAAACAACCACAGCUACAACUGAACCAUUAACCACGACCCAGACAACAGCACUGACCAGUAGCACAAUGUACUUAACACAGGACACAACCGCAACACCAACAACAGCAGAAUCAACAGAGUACACUUCAACGGUAAAUCCAACUACAAAAACCCUGGAUUCAGUGACUACUGAGGAAACAACCACAGCUACAACUGAAACAUUAACCACAACCCAGACAACAGAACUAACCAGUAGCACAGUUUACUCAAUAAAGGACACAACCACAACACCAACAACAGCGGAAUCAACAGAAUACACUUCAACUGUAAAUCCAACUACAACAACCCUGCAAUCAGUGACUACUGAGGAAACAACCACAGCUACAACUGAACCAUUAACCAUGACCCAGACAACAGAACUGACCAGUAGCACAAUGUACUCAACACAGGACACAACCACAACACCAACAACAGCAGAAUCAACCGAAUAUGCUUCAACUGUAAAUCCAAAUACAACAACUCUGGCAUCAGUGACUACUAAGGAAACAACCACAGCUACAACUGAAACGUUAACCACAACCCAGACAACAGAACUGACCAGUAGCACAGUGUACUCAAUAAAGGACACAACCACAACAGCAGAAUCAACCGAAUACACUUCAACUGUAAAUCCAACUACAACAACCCUGGAAUCAGUGACUAUUGAGGAAAGAACCACAGCUACAACUGAACCAUUAACCACGACCCAGACAACAGCACUGACCAGUAGCACAAUGUACUUAACACAGGACACAACCACAACACCAACAACAGCAGAAUCAACAGAAUACACUUCAACUGUAAAUCCAACUACAACCCUGCAAUCAGUGACUAUUGAGGAAAGAACCACAGCUACAACUGAACCAUUAACCACGACCCAGACAACAGCACUGACCAGUAGCACAAUGUACUUAACACAGGACACAACCGCAACACCAACAACAGCAGAAUCAACCGAAUAUGCUUCAACUGUAAAUCCAACUACACCAACUCUGGCAUCAGUGACUACUGAGGAAACAACCACAGCUACAACUGAACCAUUAACCAUGACCCAGACAACAGCACUGACCAGUAGCACAAUGUACUUAACACAGGACACAACCACAACACCAACAACAGCAGAAUCAACAGAGUACACUUCAACGGUAAAUCCAACUACAAAAACCCUGGAUUCAGUGACUACUGAGGAAACAACCACAGCUACAACUGAGACAUUAACCACAACCCAGACAACAGAACUAACCAGUAGCACAGUUUACUCAAUAAAGGACACAACCACAACACCAACAACAGCAGAAUCAACAGAAUACACUUCAACUGUAAAUCCAACUACAACAACCCUGCAAUCAGUGACUAUUGAGGAAAGAACCACAGCUACAACUGAACCAUUAACCAUGACCCAGACAACAGCACUGACCAGUAGCACAAUGUACUUAACACAGGACACAACUGCAACACCAACAACAGCAGAAUCAACCGAAUACGCUUCAACUGUAAACCCAACUACAACAACCCUGGAAUCAGUGACUAUUGAGAAAACAACCACAGCUACAACUGAACCAUUAACCACAACCCAGACAACAGAACUGACCAGUAGCACAGUGUACUCAACACAGGACACAACCACAACACCAACUACAGCAGAAUCAACCGAAUUCACUUCAACUGUAAAUGCAACUACAACAACUCUGGCAUUAGUGACUACUGAGGAAACAACCACAGCUACAACUGAACCAUUAUUCACAACCCAGACAACAGAACUGACCAGUAGCACAAUGUACUUAACACAGGACACAACCACAACACCAACAACAGCAGAAUCAACAGAAUACACUUCAACUGUAAAUCCAACUACAACCCUGCAAUCAGUGACUAUUGAGGAAGGAACCACAGCUACAACUGAACCAUUAACCACGACCCAGACAACAGCACUGACCAGUAGCACAAUGUACUUAACACAGGACACAACCGCAACACCAACAACAGCAGAAUCAACCGAAUAUGCUUCAACUGUAAAUCCAACUACACCAACUCUGGCAUCAGUGACUACUGAGGAAACAACCACAGCUACAACUGAAACAUUAACCACAACCCAGACAACAGCACUGACCAGUAGAACAGUGUACUCAACACAGGACACAACCGCAACACCAACAACAGCAGAAUCAACCGAAUAUGCUUCAACUGUAAAUCCAACUACACCAACUCUGGCAUCAGUGACUACUGAGGAAACAACCACAGCUACAACUGAACCAUUAACCACGACCCAGACAACAGCACUGACCAGUAGCACAAUGUACUUAACACAGGACACAACCAUAACACCAACAACAGCAGAAUCAACAGAGUACACUUCAACUGUAAAUCCAACUACAAAACCCUGGAUUCAGUGA